CCGGCCCCAUGACCCUCUAUUUUGUUAAUAUAGCCAUGGCCUAUCCAUUCUUUAAUAUCUAUGGGGGCUAUAGACAUAUAAACUUACUAAUGAAUAGCGCUUAGAGAGAGAGGUUAAGGGGUACGAUAUAGGGUAAAAGAGAAAAGAGAACGUGGGGGAAAUAUUGUGUUAGCUUAUAGGUCUAUGAUUACUACUUUAUAUUAUUUCCCUCUUUUCUCUCUUCGUUCUUUCUUCUUUCUCUUAUAUGAUUCCCGUACAUUGAUGGCAGGGCGGAGUUGAAUGCCGCGUCCAUUAGUUUAUAGGUCUACUAUGGUAGUGGCGUCUAGCGGUCAGCCCCGAAAAUUUUUGAUUGCGCUGUUGCCAGCUCAUUGUUUUCAUUCCGUUUUGUGCAACACUGUACUCUGCUGCUGCUGACGCCGCCGACGCUGCCGCCACUGUAACCACGGAUAUACAAUAUGUAAACAAUAAACACUACUACUGCAGUAUCAGCUAUAGCCGUGCUCGCCAUCAUAGAUAAUAUAAGAAUAUUAUUUAUUAUCUAUGCUCGCCAUCAACAGGUAAUUUAAAAUUCGUGGCCACACAUAUCACGAAAUAAUAAGUAUUAUUAUUUAUUAAAUAAUACAAUAUUGUAUUUUGUCUCAUCGACUCGUGAACUGUGAUGUGACACUAUUUGAAAUGCCUUGUCUUGUGGUCAUCUGCAACCUGCAAUAAUAGUAAUAAAAUAGUGUGUGUUCAAACCAUUCAUUGAAACGUGAUUUGGAGUUAGUCGAUCGAACCGUGCAAGUCGUAUUAUAUUGAUUUAGACGAUUUACAAACAUUUCGUUAUUACCAAGAUCAUGAGCGUGAACGCCGAAACUAGAUUUUAUCUCUCCAAAGGCAUUAUGACAUUGGAGGAAUCCAAAAAGUUAAACGACGACCGUGAGUUCUUAGACUAUUCACUCUUAAUUGGCGACUCGACCGAAGAUCAGCUGUACAAACAAAUUGAAGUUGAAAUAGAAAUAUUUCAUAAAUGUCUUGCGAUAAUAAAGAAAGAAAACCUGAAUGAUAAACAUACAAAAUUAUUGCUUUUGAUGUUGUUUGAUCGCAUUAACAAUAUGUUUGCCUAUAUGUUUUAUCUGUUCCCCAUCAAUGUUGAGCAUGCCCUGAAGUUUGUACAAUUUUGCUCAAAUCAUCUUUCACUCAUAUUUCCACAUAGAUCUCAAUAAUAAACUUAAGUUCAGAAUAAACAAUUUAUUAAUUAUUUAAUGCACUGGUUAAAUAAGCAUUAAUAUCUCAAUCACCAUUUACCAUUGUAAGACUUAAUCCCAUUAACCAUUGUGUACUAUUAUUAUUAUAAAUAUAAGUUUUGUAAUCAACUACAAAAUUAAAUAAAUAUAAAAAUCUAUAGAAUGUAUUAACAUGUUAACAAAACGCCCACGAACAUGUAUUAAAUAAAUUUGCAUUCGGGACGCAGUUUUUAAAUUGUCGGAUUGAGUUCCACUACUUAAUAAUUCCAAA